GGCAGUUCUAGUAUCUACUUCGUUGUAGAAUAUUCCAAUGCAAUGUACUUGAAUCAUUCAAUGCCAUUCGCUACUUGAGCAUUGAACGAUCUAUGUAUUUUAUUCUUAGAAUUUAUAAAUUGUGAUUCGUUUUAUUGUGGAUCAGUUUUAGGAUUGUUUAACAAUGUCGAAAAUUGUUCUUAGCGAGGUGGUAAUAGUGUCGGCUGUCCGUACUCCUAUCGGAUGUUUUCAAGGAAGAUUGUCUACUCUCACCGCCACCGAACUAGGCGGUAUAGCGAUCAAGGGCGCCGUUGAGCGGGCCCACAUAUCACCCGAAGAAGUACAAGAGGUUUUCAUAGGCAACGUUUGCUCAGCGUAUUUGAGACAAGCGCCAGCUCGUCAGGCUGCAAUAAACGGGGGUCUUCCUGCAAGCACAGUUUGCACCACAAUUAAUAAGGUGUGCUCAUCGGGACUAAAAGCCGUGACAUUGGCUGCGCAAGCGCUACAGACUAGGACACAAGAUGUGGUCUUAGCCGGAGGUAUCGAGUCCAUGUCGAAUGUUCCGUUCUAUCUGCGGCGCGGUGACACCCCGUACGGCGGGCUGCAUCUUGUGGAUGGCAUCCUUUACGACGGCCUGACUGAUGUCGAGCAUAACAUACAUAUGGGAGACUGUGGCGAAUACGUCGCCAACAAGUUUGAAAUUCUGAGGUGCGAGCAGGACGACCACGCCAUUGACACUUACAGGAGGACUAUCGCUGCCUACGAGGCUAAUGUUUUCGCGGAGGAAAUGAUACCUGUCACGGUACCGCAAAGGAAGGGAGCGCCAAUAAUCGUGGCAGAGGAUGAUGAAUAUAAAAGGUUCAAUUUCGAGACAUUUAGAAAACUGCAACCGGUAUUUCAGAAAGGAGGCACGAUAACUGCUGGAAAUUCGGCUGGUCUCAACGACGGAGGGGCUGCCGUGCUGAUGAUGACCUCAGAAGCUGCUGACAGACUAAAAGUGGAGCCGCUGGCCAGAGUAGUGGGGUACGCGGACGCUGAGAGGGAUCCUCUCGAAUUUCCUAUUGCACCGGCCGAUGCUGUUACCAAACUAUUAGAGAAAACCGGGGUUUCAAAGGAGAGUGUAGCCCUGUGGGAGAUAAACGAGCCGUUCAGCAUGGUGGGGAUCGCUAACCGGCGUAUAUUGGGCUUAGAGGCUAGCAACGUCAACGUGCACGGCAGUUCAGUGAGCCUCGGCCACCCACUGGGCAUGUCUGGUACUCGACUAGUAGCCCACCUUAGCCACGUACUGCGUCGCGGACAGCUGGGCGUGGCCACCACGUGUAACGGCGGUGGGGGGGCCACCGCCCUCAUGAUAGAGAAGAUAUAGAUACCGUAGUCCAAUGAAACGGAAUUUCCAAUAUUAUUUUUUUACAAAAUGCUCAGAUAAAUUCAAUACUUAUCAGUCUGGUUUUUAGAUGACUUUAAUAGUUUUGUGAUAAAUAAAUAUUAAAUAACAGAAAUUAA